AUGGCACUAUACUCGACGGUAUCUAACAGCCCCAAAUUGCUGCGGAUCGCAAUCGUAGGCGUUGGUCUCGUAGGAGGAGAGUUCAUUAACCAACUGCUGCGAUUUCCCGCACCGAGCCCCUUCCGCAUCGUCUCUCUCACUUCGACCAAGACAACCCUAUUCUCACCAGACGGACUACACAUCACAACUUCAGGUUGGAAGUCGGAUCUCACGCAAUCUGGCCUGAAGCCGGAUCUGACCGUGCUCACCCGCGAACUGUCCUCGCUCGUGAAACCGGGUCAAGAUGUUGUACUAGUCGACAACACGUCUUCAAACGUUGUAGCCGCGCUCUACCCCCGAUUCCUCAGAGCUGGCAUUCAUGUAAUCACGCCAAACAAAAAGGCUUUCUCCUCGGAGCUAUCCUUGUAUGAAAGUAUCCUCUCCGCCAGCCUCGAAAGCGGUGCGCGUUUUUUAAGCGAGGCUACCGUCGGCGCAGGACUGCCCAUCGUCUCAACGUUGAAGGAUCUGGUUGCGACUGGCGACAAGGUCACCAAAAUCGAAGGCGUUUUUUCGGGUACAAUGAGCUACAUCUUCAAUGAGUUUUCGACCGGAAAGGAGGGUGGCCCGAGCUUCUCAUCUGUUGUCAGAAUUGCUCGAGAGAAAGGCUACACAGAACCGCAUCCGGCUGACGAUCUGAAUGGGGCUGACGUUGCUCGCAAGCUUACAAUCCUCUCUCGUUACAUACCCUCGCUCAGGUCUGCACUUCAGGAUGGGUACCAAUCCGUCCACACAAAGUCGCUGGUGCCUGCCGAACUCGAGGGUGCGGAGACAGGCGACGAGUUUAUCAGACGGCUACCCGAGUUCGAUGCUCAGUUCGACAAGCUGCGAGCGGAUGCAUCGGAGGAAAACAUGGUCCUCCGGUUUGCUGGAGUUAUUGACGUGAAAUCAGGCCUGAUCAAAGCAGACCUAGAGAAGUAUCCUGUUACGCAUCCAUUCGCGACUGCGCUUGGAGGAUCGGACAAUAUCGUUAUGUUCCAUACGGAGCGGUAUGGUGCAAGACCCUUAGUGGUCCAAGGCGCCGGAGCGGGCGCUGCUGUGACCGCAAUGGGUGUAAUGAGCGAUCUUUUGAAGCUUGUCUAG